GCUUCCUUCCUAUGAUGUUGUUGUUGCUACUGCUCUUUGCUUCCCUCUUUCUCUCGGUGCCCGCCCGCCCCGCCCUCUCAAGGGCUCUGCCGCAGCUGCAGGACGCCAAACCCCGCCUCUUAUCCCCGCGUGCGACCGGCUGGCUGGCUGGUGAGUGAGUGAGUGUGUGUGUGAGUGAGAGAGUCGGCAUUCUCCGGGCAAGCCCAUUGUCUGCACUGAGGCGCCGGCGGGAAGAGUACGAGGAGCGGCGGCGGCGACACACGACCCAUCUCGAGAAGCGCGCACACGCACGCAGACGGGGCCAAAGGAGCUGCGCCCAGGCGCGAUGCAGGGCGCCAGCGGCCACUUUGUAGCUGCUGAGAGGUUGAGCCUGGAACUGGCCCAGGUUCGGGGCAACUGCGGCUGCUGAAGAGAUCAAGAGAGGCCGGGCCGGCUCUGGCGAUCCAAACUUUGCCCUUUCGCCUGACAGGAGGGACGCGCCUUUUCUCUCUUCUUCACAUGGAGACGCUGAGCGCCGUAAGGGCUAAAGUCGGGACCAGAAGCCCCGGCGGCUACGAGGCGGCGGGAACUGGCGAGCCCCAGCCCGCCCCCUCUCCCAGUCCGGCUAGCCGAGGCUCCCCUGCACCGCCGGCGUCGGAGUCCCCAGCUUAUAGACUCGAGGAUCUGGAGACCUUAGCCACUGUGGGAACAGGUACUUUUGGGCGGGUUCAUCUGGUGAAAGAGAAAUCGGCCAAAUGCUACUACGCGUUGAAAGUAAUGAGCAUCCCAGAUGUCAUUCGACUAAAGCAAGAACAGCAUGUGCACAAUGAAAAAUCAGUUUUGAAAGAAGUUAAUCAUCCAUUUCUGAUCAGAUUAUUUUGGACUUAUCAUGAUGAGCGCUUUCUAUAUAUGUUGAUGGAAUAUGUACCUGGGGGAGAACUUUUUAGCUAUUUACGCAACAUGGGACGCUUCAAUAACAGCACUGGACUGUUUUACUCUGCAGAGAUUAUUUGUGCAAUAGAAUAUCUCCAUUCAAAAGAAAUUGUUUACAGAGACUUAAAGCCAGAAAAUAUUUUAUUGGACAGAGAGGGACAUAUCAAACUCACAGACUUUGGAUUUGCUAAAAAGCUGGUUGAUAGGACAUGGACACUCUGUGGGACCCCAGAAUAUCUUGCUCCGGAAGUCAUACAGAGUAAAGGCCAUGGAAGAGCAGUGGAUUGGUGGGCACUGGGCAUUCUGAUAUUUGAAAUGUUGUCUGGAUUUCCUCCAUUUUUCGAUGACAAUCCGUUUGGGAUAUAUCAGAAGAUUCUUGCUGGCAAAAUUGAUUUCCCCAGACAUUUGGAUUUAUAUGUAAAGGACCUUAUUAAGAAGCUUCUUGUGGUAGACAGAACAAGACGGCUAGGGAACAUGAAGAAUGGAGCAGAUGAUGUGAAGAGGCACCGAUGGUUCAGAUCUAUAGACUGGGAUGGUGUACCACAAAGAAAACUAAAGCCUCCUAUAGUGCCGAAGGUAUCAAAUGAUGGUGAUACAUCUAAUUUUGAAGCUUAUCCUGAAGAUGACUGGAACAAAACACCUUCAGUACCUCCUAAAGAUUUAGAAAUUUUCAAAAAUUUCUAACGGUGGGACAGAACACAUUUGCUGAGAAACUGGAAGAAGAUUGAUGGAUGUCAUAGUUGGGAGCUUGCAAAGAAGAAUAGAAAAUAUUAAUGAAGAAUUUCUUUGAAACAAAAGAAUGUUACUACAUUAUGCACAGUUCUUAAAUAAUUUUUGAAAUUGAGGGAUAGAUGAUACUCAUAUUUUUCGUUGCACAGAUAUGGCAUAUUGCUUAAGUAAACAAAAAUGAUGAAGCCCCUACUUUGAGGUGUAGACACUGAAAAUUGUUAUAGUUUUUUAAAGUUUAAUGCUUAGUUUUACUUCUUGCUAUGCCCAAAUCUUUUUUGCAUAGUUAUCUCAUAGACUAACUUUAUAAGUUUAUACUAAGAUUGUCAUUUAAAGCACAAAUUAGUAUAUAUGUAUAUAAUGAAAUCAGUACAACUAAAGCACAGAAACUGUGCAGAAAUGUAAAUUUUUGUACUUUA